CGGAUCACAGUUGCCAGGUAAUGGUUGCUGGGAAACAGUUGCCAGGUCACCACUGUUGUCUCCCAGCAGAGGGCUCCCGAGACUUGUUGGGCAGGUAAGAGAGACAGGAGGGCCACUAGCCCGGGUCCUGGCUGGGGCUGAGGCUUGGCCUUGCCCUCUGGUGCUUCUCUCCAGCCCCUGCCCAGAAGCAGAGGAAGGAGGAAGGGACCAGACAGAGACUGGGGUGGACGAGUCUUUGGCGCAGGAGCAGAGCUGUGAGCCUUCUGCCUGGUCCCUUGCCCUGGGUUUUCGCUCAGUCUUUGCCAAACGUCCUGCUCAGGACCACGCCCUGCUCUGAGGACUAGUUGCUCCCCCGUCCGCCCCUCUGGUCCAGCAUCGGGGCUGUGUGCUGAGAGGCCCGGACAGUCCCUGCAGCAGAGGACUCGCCCAGCAGAGACAGAGAUGGCCUCCCCCGCACUGGCCACCAGGCCCCUCAGCCACCAUGGAGAUGGGAGCCAGCCACAAGCAGACGCCACAGUGCGGGACUCAGGGAGGCGCCCUUCCCCGGGCAGGGUGGGCCUGGCCGCCUGCCCCAUCCAAGGGCUGAGGCCUCGGGCUGCCCGACGGGGGGCGGGGGCCGCAUCUUCCCCACGGGGCACUCACCCCCGUGUCCCCAUGCCCGCGCCCCACAGCUGCACCCGCUUCAUCCACCGCCGGGGUCAGCCUGCUCGGACCCACAUCUGCUCCAAGAGACCCAAGCGGCCCAGGAUCCGGCGGUGCCGGGCCCGGGCGCCGAGCUGGGCCCAUGAGAGACAGAUGGGGAGCAGUGGCAAGGAGGGUCUCCCGCCUCAGCUGAGCCAGCAGGACCAAGAUGCAGACCUCCUGGACAACACAGAUGCUACCCGGCCCCCAGUGCCCUCCCCAGAGGGGCCCCCACUGGAGGGGGACAAGCAGUCGCCCAGCACCGGGCAGGGCCCCUUCUUCUACAUCGGAGGCACCAACGGGGCGUCCAUAGUCAGUGCCUACUGCAGGAGCAGAGGCUGGCAGCGCACGCACGACGGCCGGCGCGAGGACUGCAAGCUCAAGUGGUGUGAGAUCAAGUGCCGGGACAGCUACUGCAGCUUCCGGGAAGGCCAGCAGCUGCUCUUCCAGCUCCCCAACAACAAGCUGCUCACGACCAAGAUCGGGCUGCUCACGGCCCUGCGGGAGCACGCACGCGCACUGAGCAAGGCCAACAAGGUGCCGCCGGGCGGCCAGGCCAAAUGUGGAAAGGACACGACAGUGACCCUCGAGGAGCCCACGUGGAUCAGUCCGGGAUGCCUCGGACUACAAAGGGCUCUGAAAAUGGAAGAUUUUUUCCCAGAGACCUACCGUCUGGACGUCAAGGAUGAGAGACAGACCUUCGUCACCCUGUUUGAUGAAACCCAGAUAUGGAUCUGCAAGCCCACGGCCUCCAACCAGGGCAAGGGCAUCUUUCUGAUCAGGAGCCAGGAGGAGGUCAACGCCCUGCAGGCCAAGGCCCAGAGCACGGAGGACGACUCCAUCUACCACAAGACGCCCUUUCGGGCACCUCAGGCACGGGUGGUGCAGAGGUACAUCCAGAACCCGCUGCUGCUGGACGGGAAGAAGUUUGACGUGCGCUCCUACCUGCUCAUCGCCUGUGCCGUGCCCUACAUGGUGUUCUUUGGCCAUGGCUAUGCCCGCCUCACCCUCAGCCUCUACGACCCCCAUUCCAGAGACCUCAGUGGCCACUUGACCAACCAGUUCAUGCAGAAGAAAAGCCCCUUGUACGUGCUACUGAAGGAGGACACGGUGUGGAGCAUGGACCACCUCAACAGCUACAUCAACGACAAGUUCAGGAAGACCAAGGGCCUCCCCCGAGAUUGGGUCUUCACCACCUUCACGAAGCGGAUGCAGCAGAUCAUGGCCCACUGCUUCCUGGCAGUCAAGUCAAAGCUGCAGUGUAAACUGGGGUACUUCGACCUCAUUGGCUGUGACUUCCUGAUUGAUGAGAACUUCAAGGUGUGGCUACUGGAAAUGAACUCCAACCCUGCCCUGCACACCAACUGUGAAGUCCUGAAGGAGGUCAUCCCUGGUGUGGUCAUGGAAACCUUGGACCUGGCGCUUGAGACCUUCCAGAAGAGCUUACGGAGUCAGGGGAUGAUGCCCCUGCUGUCGCAGCGCCGCUUCGUGCUCCUGCACAACGGAGAGGCCGACCUGGGGCCGCGCCUGGGGGGCUCGCGCACCUUCCCCCGCCGGCCUCCACCGCCCCGGCCAGUCUGCGAGGCCGCGUCCUCCGCGCCCCCCGCGCCCCCCGCGCCGCGCGCCGCAGACAGGCCGGGCGCGCGCAGGCCCGCGCCUCCCCGGGGCGCGCCUCCCCGGCCCCUCUCCGCCCCGCGCCGUCCGCGGCCGCCCGGCAUCGGCGCGGGCGCUGCCGGCACCCAAGGCGAGGAGACCGCGGCCCCCGGCCCCGAGCGGCCGCGCGUGGACGGCAGGGACCCGGCGCGGGAGCCCUCCCCGGAGCCGCCGGAGGAGGAGCGCCAGGAGCGGGGGAGCGUCAGCCACCGCGGCUCCUAGACCUCGGCCCCCGCGCCCCGCGGUCCCCGCGCGCGGCCGCGCCCUCUGGGGACCUAUAAAGGCUACUUUGUGACAAACGCGGCCUCCACAGAGGGUCUGGGGGGCCGCCGCCCCGGCCCGCGAGCCGACCCACCAGGGCGACCCGCGUCCUUCCCGCUGCCCACCAACCCCGACUCCACCGCCUUCCUUAGGGCGAGGUGGGGGCUGCGGGAAGGAGGCGUGCCCGGCCUGGCCUCCCUCAUGGCGCAGCCCACCGGCUCCUGAUCUCCUGCCCAGGGCCCUGUGCUGCUCAUCCCCCAGGACCGGCCUGCAGCCCUCAUGACCCCCAACUCCAGCCUGGCACUGGGAUCCGCCACAGUGAGGUUUCUCCAGGAAAGGUCUGGAUCCCCACGGACUCUUCGGAACCCCUCUGGAUUGCUCUUCUGGGGCUGCCCAUGGCUCGCCCCGACCCUGCCCAGCACAGCUUUUAUCUGGGCCUUGGACACCAGGCAAGGGCACUCUCCAUAGCCCCACAGCCCCCCUUCCCCACAGAGGCCCAGACCUUGGAGGUGAAGGGCCCAGGGCUUUUGGUAGUGGUCCCGGAAGAAUGUGGGGUCAGCACUGGCCAGGCCCCAGCAAUCCUGAGGCCUCCCACACUACUCCCCGUGGGCCUGGGAUUUGAGGAGAGAACUCCAGCACUCUGGGCCCUGAGGUGUCUAGGCCCUCCACCCAGUGGCCAAGGCAUUACCUUGCCGGCGUAGGAGGCUCCCCUCUCCAGGGGUCCUGCAGGCCCCCAGCUUGCACACACUUCUGCUUGUGCUACCCCAACUCCAAGUGGUCGUGGCCAGGCAUCAAAUCCUCCUGAGCUGCCCCACUGCUGACCUUCCCUUGUCCAACAGAGGAGCCAGCUCCACCCCAAAUGCAGAGUGGCUGCUUUCUCUCUGUCUGCAUUGGAGUGAUGGAAGCAUCUGAGGGGGCCAGAGAACCUGUCUUGAGGCGCUGGCUCCCUACCCCUUGCAGGCAGGGCUGUUGCCAUCCAGGGAUGCAAUUCCAUGUCACCACUAGAGGGCGCUGUCUGCCACUGUUUCUGGCCAGCAUACACAGGGACCCGUGCAGCCAGGAACAGACAGGGACAGGGGCUCAAAGAGGUAAAGUGAACCCCCCCCCAAUCACAGAGCCCCUGGUCGUGGAGACCCUGGGGGUACACCUGUGGUUAGCCCAUGCCACAGCUCCCAUACACACUGCCUGCCCUGUCCUGGGUGCUCUAUCCAACCCUGACCCAAGUCUAGUCACCCUGCUGCUGUGGCCCACAGCCUGGAGUCCCACCUGCUAGGCAAGAGCACACAAGUGUUCCUGUGGGAAGGGCCCAGCUCUGGAGUCCACCAAGGCCAGGGAGGGGCAAAGACCCUUUGAGGCCAUAUUGCCAUAGCUCCUGGCUACUGCAGCCAUGUCCCCUUAGGGUCACCUCUUGCUCUCUCCCUCUGCUCUUGUCACUGAAACCCCUGAGCCUUGGUGCCUUAUAGGCCUCUUGCCCACUCUAGCGCCCAGCCCAAGUUGGGGUUCUGUUCCAUGGUGGCCUCACUACUGUCACAGAACACUAAAGCACUCCUCACCUCCCACAGUUGGGCCAUUGACCUCAGGUUCAGGGGCCUCAAGAUGUCAGCAGAGGUGACAGAGCCCUUGGGAGGUGCUCCCCUGCUGCCUUGGGGACAUGAGCCUGCACUAGACCUGUUCUGAGAAGGGCCCACUGGCAGUGCUUGGCCCUGUUCCUGAUGAGCUCCCCAAAGGCCAGGACUGUAUCUGGCAGCCCUGAGUGCCCAGAUGUCAAUAAAGGAUGUUUCCUGAGA